AAUGCAACGUAAAUUGUUGCUUUACGCGCUGCUCUUCUUGGCGGUGACGUCGCAAAAAUGUCAUGUUGUCGAAAGUGGCGGUCCACCCAGUGAUACUAUGGGCACAAUAGCCGCCAAUCGCUACAAUGCCGAGCACCAGCAACAGCAACAUCAACACCAACAACAACAGCAUCUGCACACAGCGGCGUCACAUCAUCAAGUCGCCACUGGCGGUGGCGGCGGCGGCGGCAGUAACAGCGUUGUGCCGGCGCCCGCAGCGCCAACUGCUGCCACACAUGCCUUAUACCAUCCAACGCCAUCGGGCAGUGGCCACAUGGAGCAUCGUAAUUCAUAUAAUCUGUUGAGUGAGGCAAUGUCGCAGGCAGUCAGCAAUGAAUUCAGUUCACUGGGCAGCGGUUCAGCGGAUGGUGCUUGCCAUGCAGACGAUUUGGAUUGUUAUAGUGGCAAUGUGCAAGAUCGUUUGGGUAUGGAGGCUAUACGUACGCUGCAUCGACAGCUCGACGAUGACGACAAUGGCAAUAUUGAUUUGAGCGAAUCGGACGACUUUUUACGCGAAGAACUCAAAUAUGACUCUGGUUAUGAGAAACGUCAGAAAGCGUUCCAUUUUAACGAUGAUAUGCACAUUUCGGUGAAGGAGCUGUGGGAGGCGUGGUUACGUUCGGAGGUGCAUAACUGGACCAUGGAACAAACUACAGACUGGUUGGCGCAAUCCGUGCAAUUACCACAAUAUGUUGAACUAUUUCGUUUGCAUAAAGUGACCGGUGCUACAUUGCCAAGAUUGGCCGUGAAUAAUAUGCAUUAUGUGGGCAAUGUGCUGGGCAUAAAGGAUCCCAUACAUAAGCAGAAAAUUGCGCUCAAGGCGAUGGAUGUUGUGCUAUUCGGACCACCGCGUGAGACUGGUACACGCUGGAAAGAUUACAUUUUAGUGACGCUACUACUUAGUGCCAUCAUAGGCUGUUGGUAUGCAUAUCAACAAAAUAAGAAUGCUAAAAGACAUUUGCGACGCAUGGCACAAGAUAUGGAGGGACUGCAGCGUGCCGAACAGAGUUUACAAGAGAUGCAAAAGGAAUUGGAACGUGCGCGCAUGGAGCAGGAGAAUGUGGCUACUGAAAAAAUGGAUUUGGAACGACGACUUAAAGAGGCUCCCACACUUUCAUCGUCCAGCUCUGAUCUGGAGGUGCAAAAGUUGAAAAAGGAAAUCGAAAUAUUGCGCACAGAACUGUCACGUGCUGAAAUCGAAUUGGUGGACAACUGCUGGACACCGCCACCACAAUUGCAAUCUUGGCUGCAAUACACCUACGAGUUGGAAAGCAAGAAUCACUUGAAGAAACGUGUCUCAGCCGAAAAGCAAUUGCAAUCAGCGCGAGAAGCAUGCGAGAAAUUGCGUAAGAAACGUUCAAGUUUAGUUGGCGCAUUCGUCUCGACGCAUGGCAAGAGUAUUGAUGAUGUCGAUCGCUCCAUUGUGGAGGCGCGCAAUUCGCUCAGUGAGGUGACGAAUGAGUUGCAAGAACGGCUACAUCGUUGGAAACAAAUCGAGAAUUGUUUGGGCUUUAAUAUUGUCAAUAAUAAUGGUUUACAAUAUCUGGAAAAUGUAUUAUACAAUCGCAAUGGCGGCAGCAGUGUUAGCUCCAAUAAAGGUUCACGAGGCCGCAUAACGAGCAGCAGCGAUGAUUUAGAUGAUGAUUCUGUGCAAGCCAACUUUUGCGAUCCCAAAGCACGGAUCUGGUACCAAUGGAAAUCUACACGUUCCUUAAUAGACAACAGCAACAACAGCACAACACGAAAUCCAACAUUAAUGGCGGCAACAGCAACAACAACGGCCUAUCCACGGGACAACAACAGUACAUCGGCAGCGGAAGUGGAAUUGUUGGAAAACUUAGCGGAACCAACAAGAAGAUGGUCAAGCAGCACAGCACAACUAGCCAACAGUCCACAUCAUCCACAUCGUCGUCCGUCCAUUCAACACCAUCCGCUCCCGGUGCACUCGGCACAGACGUACACAGCGGCAACAACGUCGGCAAGGGACAAUCUCCCGGACGUUGGUCAUCACAUGAGCGCAUCUUGCCAAUCCAUCAACAACAGUCACAGCAACAGCAACAACAGCAGCAAUACGAACCUCAAAUGCUUAUUUGGCAGUCAAUGCAGUCUGUGCAGCACAAGCAGCAGCCAACCGGCCAUGGACAACAACAGCCAGCGCAACACGCUGGAGAUAAAGAGUCGCUCAUGCAGUCCCACUACACAACACUUGCUGGAAAGCCGCCCACUAUCGGCGCAAUAUCCGCACAAUAUCAACAGCAAUUGCCCACCUCGCUUAGCCUGCAAUCGCUGUGCGGGCAGACACAACAGCAUGGGAAUGACAAUAGCAGCGUCGGCAGCGCCGUCGGAACCGCCUCCACCACCACCACCACCGCAUCUGCGGCCAUUGCUGCGCAGGCACACAGUGAUACCCAAAUGGAGGACCAACUGUUGCUCAGCGCCGACAGCGCCAGCCUCGAUGGCGGCGGUACCAUUAAGAAGCGAAAACGACGUCUGCGCUUCCCCUUCGGCGGUGGGCAUCGCAAAUCGGCCAGCAAUGCAAGUGCCAGCAGCGGCAGCACAGCCAGCGUUAGCGUCAGCUCCAACAAACAUACAUAGCUCGCAUAGCGCUGGCUGUCUGACAGCGUCCUCUUACAGCGGCGGCACUGCUGCAACCGUGGAGGAUGUGAUGACGAUGCAGAAGGCACAGGAACAACAAGAGCAACAACAGAAAGGCAACGACAUUGACGACCAACGAUUGUAUGAUGUUAUGGACAAUGAUAAUGCUUUCAAAGAAAAUCAAUAUAAACGCAAUAGUAGCCACAACAGCGCAGAUGCCGACGCAGAGGCGGAGGCAUAUUCACAGGUUACUUUGAAUUUUGCUAAGCACGCCGCGCAUGCCGCCGCGACUGCGCGUCAAUUGAACGAGCAUGACAAUAAUAAUAGUUUUAGUGAUUCCCAACGCGACUUGAGGCGCGCUCCAACGAGUGGCCUCACGACAAUAACGGCCACCUAACAGAGUGGCCAACGAAAUAAUUAUAUUUUUUAACACAAAUAUUACAGUCUUCCACAUAUAAGAGACGAGGAAGAGGACGACGACUGGAAGAAGCCAAGAGCAUGCCGAAAGGAAUGUGCGUGCGUGUACUUAAUUUUACUUAGAAAACAUAUAUGAAAAUUGAAAACAUUGCAUAUAAACACACACACACAUACACACUUAGUACAUAUUAAUCCUGAUCUCCGUAAGCAUGAAUAACUCCUAGAAAUGUGCUCCAAUGUCAUGCUAUGUCACAGCAAUACAGUGCUUCCACGCAUUGCACAUCGUUACAAAAUAUCUAAAACAGUUUAGUCUAAACUUAAUUUUUCAAAACGAUAAUAACGUAAAACGCUGCUAAGUGGAAAUAAAAUAAAUUUUUUGUAAAAAUUAAAAAACAAAUCAAAUUUUUGUUAGAACUACAAACCUAAUUAGUGCUGCAAUGUACAUGUUUUGACAUAAUUGUAGCAGCAACGUUAUAGAAAUUGUAAGAAAUUGGAAAAAAAUUUUUCAAAAAUUCAAAACCUUUUUUUUAACUUGCUUCCUGGUUCAAAAUAUUGACGUUGUAGCGCUAUUUGGUUCGUAGUGCUUUGGCAUCUAUAAAUUAACGGUCUUAUUUCGGAAGAAAAAAAUUUAAUAAAAUUAUUAAAAAGUAAUUUUUUUCUUUUAAUAAAAAUUUUUGAAAAUUUCAUUUCGAAAACAAUAAACAAAGAAAAACACGAUCAUUAAAACUUAAUUUUAAUUUAAAAAAAAAACAUUUCAAAAACAAAAUUUUCGAAAUAAGACCGUUAAUGAAGUAAGCGCUUUCCGAAGCUAAUGCAAAGACAAGACCAGUAGCCAAAUAAAAGUUGCAUAUUUUUUUAUUGCAAAUACUCUUAUGUAGAUUUUUUGAAAUGUAGUUUUUGUGCAAGCAAUAAGGAAAUUAGUUCAAUAUUUGUAAUGGAGAAGGUUUUCACAACCACACUACGCAUACUAGAUGUUAAAAUGUAACAGAAACUGCAAUUAUCCUCGAAUUCGUAAGACGAGUGUCGUUACACGCUCGUAUUUUAUAGAAAUUGUUCCAAAAGUGCCUCAGCGAAAAUACGAUAUUUACAUACAUGAUAAUUAGUAAAUAAGUUGUGAGUUCUUUAUUUUUUUGUUUUUGUAAAUAUGUAAUUCGUAAAAUUUUUAAUUUUUUUUUUUUAAUUUUGUCAAGCAAAAA